UAAGCUGACGCAGCGUCUCUAAGCGUUAGCAGCUUUGCCCGCUAAUAGGAUUAGGGAGGUUUAAAACUGUCAUUUGAGUGAACUAAACCCCCUGAUACUCUGCAUUGCACCUUCUUAACCAAUUUGCCUUCAAUUAGGGUAAUUGGGAAACUAGCAAAGAAGUAUAGCAUUAAUAUUUUAAAGUGAUGAAGCGAUUACGGGCCUUGGACGAGGAAGCAAAUCAAUUUGCUAUCUGCUCCUAAAAGGCAAUUAUAAUCAUUUGUCAAAUCAGCCUGCUGGCCUCCCCCGCCCGUGUGAGCCAACACCUUAAGGCGGUUUAGCGGGGCCGGCUCCGCACACACGGCCCUGGUGGGUAAAUCCAAAUCCGGGCAGCUGGGGCGGCUGCGCCCGCGCCGAAAACCAACCCACGGGUGGUCCUGGUGGGGACACGACGGUUUUGGGGGGGAUCUGUGCGCUCUGGGCCACUUUGGAGCUCUUGAUGUCUGCAUGAAGCUCGGGGGUGGGGGGGUCUUCCUGGGGCAGCUCUGCACGCUGUGUCCUCGUGGUGCUGCUGGGAAGUCAGCGGAGCAGGGGAUAUCGGGGUCUUCUCACUGCCAUUGUGGCGGCGCUUGCACAAGGUGCUCAUUGGGAUCCAUUUAAUUGGGAUCCAUCCCAUUGGGAUCCAGGAUCCCAGCCUAGGAAUGUCCCCACCACCCUACAACAGCGCAGGGGGAUGAAGGGUCACAGUGCAGCACUACCAGCAGUGACACGCAGUGGCUCUGGGGUCUGCGCCUGGUGUUCAUGGCAGUGGCACUUCCGUGGGACGGUACAGUGCCUGGGGUGAUCAAAAGCCCCGCGGUGACGUUCAGCAUCUGAAAGGGGAACCGUGCUAUGGAGAGGAUGGGGGUGGGAGGAAGCCGACACAGUGGCCAAGGGCUGUGGUGUUGGCAGGUGACAGGAAGAGGGUUUUGGGGGAAAGUAAAAGGGAGUGGAGGGCAAAAACGGGAAUCCUGGCAGCAGGUGGGCGGCACCCAGACAGGAGGAGACCCCAUCGCAAUGCUCCUGGCCCCCAGUGGGGCAAUGUUUCUGUCCCACAGCCCUACAGGCAUGGGGCUGCCUGCACUGUGGAUCCACAUCCCACAGCCCAUGGCCAGACCCCAUGGACAGCCCCAUGGCGUGUCCUCACGCUCUGUCCCAUGCCCAACACUUGUCCCUGCUCUUAGUCCCCUGUUCCUGUCUGUGCCCCAUGGCUGACGUGACACACACAGAUGGUUCCAGAGCUGGUUCCCAAAGCUGGUACCUGUGGUUGGUCCUGAGCUGAUCCCCGUGCCUGGUGUGACAUCCACAGCUGAUCCCACAGAUGGUCCCCAAGCUGCUCCCAACACUCGAGACUGCUCUCUAUGCCCACUCCCCACACACGGCAUGACACCUAUGGCCAGUUCCUACUGCUGGCUCCCAUCCUUGGUGUGACAUCCACAGGUGGUGGUCCCAUUGCUGCACCCCAUGCCCACUCCCCACGCCUGGUGUGACGUCUACGGCUGAUCCCAUUGCUUGUUCCCAUGCCUGGUGUGACAUCCAUGCUUGAUGUGACAUCCAUGCUUGAUGUGACAUCCCUAGCUGGUCCUAUAGCUGCAUCCCAUGCUUAUUUGCCAUUCUUGGUGUGACAUCCAAAGAUGGUCCCAUCACUGGUCCCCAUGCCUGGCGUGGUAUCCACAGCUGAUCCCAUAGAUGGUCCCCAGGCUGGUUCUAAUGCCUGGUGUGACAUCACAGCUGACCCCUUGCUAGUUCCCAUGCUUGAUGUGACAUCCAAAGACUGUCCCAUUGCUCAACCCCGUACCCACUUCCCAUGCUUGGUGUGACAACCACAGCUGGGCCCAUCUUUGGUCCCCAUGCCCACUCCCCAUGCCCCAUGUGACAUCCACAGCUGAUCCCAUAGCUGGUCCCCAUGUUCACUCCUCAUGCCUGGUUUGACUUCCACAGCUGAUCCCACCACUUUUCCCCAUUCUCAUUCCCCAUUCCUGGUGUGACUUCUAUAGCUGGUCCCCAUGCCCAAUGUGACAUCCACAGCUGAUCCCAUCGAUGGUCCCCAAGCCAGUCCCACUGCCCGCUGUGACACCCACGGACGUCACACCCAUCCCCACACACUCAGCAUCCCAAAGGACCCCACACGCUGCCACGAGGCCACCCCAUCACCUCCACUGGGGGACGCAGCCCCCAUGGCAUCCCCAGCACAGCCCCAUUCCCGGCGGCGCGGCGCUGGCAAAGCCGAAGGAAAUUGUUUCUCUCCCUCCCCCUCUCCACCCCCCCCGCCUUUCUUCUCCUCGCCCCGUGUUUCUAAUUCUUUUUCCUCUCCCAUAAUGAGGGGAUUACAAGGAAAACUCCAGCAGGACGCCUUUGUGGGGAGACAAUCCGAGCGGGGAAGGCAGCGCGGGGCUUUGUGCGCCCGCAGCCCCCCCGGCCCGCCCGGCGCUGGGGGGACAUUUAGAGCAAUUACUUGUCCAGAAAGUAACUGUCAAUCAUUCUUAAAGGGGAAGGCCUCCAAUUAAUAACCUCGUCUUAAUCCUUUGGACUCAUUUCCAAUCUGCGGGGCCUUGGUGACAUCUGCAACACUAAAUAAAGAUUCUCCCGAGCCUUAGCGCGGCGGUUCUGUGACAAAUAAGAAGACUAGAGGCAACUUUGGCUGCCAAGCUGCAAGAUUGGUGAGGUUGAGCCGCUUGUUUGGUUCCCAGGAGGGACCGGCAAAGUUAAAUACUCCUGGAAAAGCCGCGUCGGGCCCAGCAGGUGUGGAGCUGCGCAAAUGAGAAGCGGGUGCCGAGAUGUUCCUCAAUAAGUGUGAGGGGGACCUGGGCGAGCUGCGGAAGCCGGGGGACGGCGAGGGGACCCCUCCAGCUGCUGCCGAGGAGGAGCAGCCCAAGAAGAAGCACCGGCGGAACCGCACCACCUUCACCACCUACCAGCUGCACGAGCUGGAGCGAGCCUUCGAGAAGUCCCACUACCCCGACGUGUACAGCCGAGAGGAGCUGGCCAUGAAGGUCAACCUGCCUGAGGUCCGCGUGCAGGUCUGGUUCCAGAACCGCCGAGCCAAGUGGAGGCGGCAGGAGAAGAUGGAGGCCAGCUCCAUGAAGCUCCACGACACCCCCAUGCUGUCCUUCAACCGGCCGCCCAUGACGGCCAACGUGGGGCCCAUGAGCAACUCCCUCCCGCUCGACCCGUGGCUGACGUCGCCCAUCUCCAGUGCCACCCCGGUGCACAGCAUCCUCGGCUUCAUGGGAGCCCCCCAGGCCCUGCAGCCCCCCUACGGAGGGCACUCCUUCCUCAACACCCCCCCAGGCAUGGCUCAGGGCAUGCAGCCCAUGGCCCCCGCGCCCUACCAGUGCAGCACCCCCUUUGUGGACAAGUUCCCACUGGAGGACGUCGACCAGAGGAGCUCCAGCAUCGCCUCGCUCCGCAUGAAAGCCAAGGAGCACAUUCAGACCAUCGACAAGACCUGGCAGCCCAUUUGAUGAACGCUCCCCACUGCUCCCUACCCCGACGGGGUGCUCGGCAGGACCAGAGCAGGGAGGUGACCCCCCCGGAU